GCCGCGGAGAGGGUCUCCGGUCGGGACGCUGACGGCACUCACCCGGGGUGCCGCGGAGAAACGCCGUGCGUUGCGGCGGCAUCGGUGCCCCGGCCGCAUUAGAAUUUAAAUCUGUUGUUUGGGGCACCAUGACGCUUAGGCUCUUAGAAGACUGGUGCAGGGGGAUGGAUGUGAGCCCUCGGAAAGCGCUGUUGGUUGCCGGCAUCCCCCCGACCUGCACUGUGGCAGGAACCGAGGAGGCUCUGCGGGCUGGUUUGGCGCCGAUGGGCGGGUACAGACUGCUCGGGAGGAUGUGCCGGCUGGAUGAGAACAGGAAUGUAGCCUUAGUAGGGCUGACGGAGGAGACGACUCGUGCUCUAGUCCCUAAGGAGAUACCCGGAAAAGGGGGUGUCUGGAGAGUGAUCUUUAAGCCCCCAGACCUGAAUAAUGAAUUUUUAAGCAGAUUAAAUGAAUUCUUAGAGGGAGAGGGCACAACGUUGGGGGAGUUGACCAGAGCUCUUGGAUACGGAAACGACCCUUUUGACCUAGGACAGGACACGAUCCCAGAAAUACAGGCCCCUGUGUUGGCACAGGCAUUAGAGGAGGCUCCUCGGCCCGACCUGCAGUACCUGAGAUACAGAAAACUGAGAGUGUUCUCAGGCAGUGACCCUCCAGAACCAGGAGAAGAAGAAUUUGAAUCCUGGCUGUUUCAUACUACUCAGAUGAUGAAGACAUGGCAGGUGCCAGAUGCAGAGAAAAGAAGACGCUUGCUAGAGAGCCUUAGGGGCCCAGCAUUUGAUGUUAUUCGUGUCCUCAAGAUAAACAAUCCUUUCAUUACAGUCGCUGAAUGCCUGCAGGCUCUUGAGCAGGUAUUUGGGGUUAUUGAUAAUCCUAGGGAAUUGCAGAUCAAGUAUCUGACCACUUAUCAGAAGGAUGGAGAGAAAUUGUCUGCUUACGUGCUGAGGUUGGAGCCUUUAUUACAGAAACUGGUAGAGAGAGGAGCAGUUGAGAAAGAUGUUGUGAAUCAGGCCCGCCUAGACCAAAUCUUGGCUGGAGCAGUCCACAGAACCCUUCGCAGGAAGCUUGCUCUGCCACAGGAUGGCCCAGCCCCUGGCUUAUUGCAGCUACUGGCCCUGAUAAAGGACGAAGAGGCAGCGGAGGAGGAGGAGGAGGCCCUUCUCCAGGCAGGAUUAGAAGGGCAUUUCUCCUGAAUCUUAGGCAACCAGGAAGCAGAGUAUGAAGGUAGAAGAACAGUCAGUGUACUCGUGAUAGACAUUAAUCAGUCCCUUCCUUGUGCUGCCGAGGAGCUCAUUCUGACAGUUUUCUGUCUAAAUCCUUCAUCAUUUCUGUGCUAUUUAAUGUCUUCCAAAUGUAUCCUAGACUAGGAAGGAUGUAGUUCUUCUGCACUAGUAUUUAUGUAUUUAGAUUUACUACUGUGAAUUUAUCAUACAAAAUUGUACAGAGGGUCUAUCGCUACAUACAUAUGGUGCUCUGAGAAAUGUCAGCUUAUGUGAUAACAGGUGCAAGGGUAGCACGUCGGAUGUGAUGAUGUGUCAUAGAUAGUUUUUAGGUGUGUAUUGCCCUACAUUUAUUAUGAAGAUAGGAGCGGUGGUUAAGAUACUAAGUUAUUUUCUGUCUGAAUCACAAUUUUACUGAUUCUGCGCAGUCAAAAUGAGGCAGGAUCAAAUGCUGAGGUUGGUAAGUUUGCAGCUAUCACCUCUAACCCUGGGUUUCUGAUAUGUGCCAUCAGAACAUCUGGUUCUGAAUGUCAUUUUAAUAGGUGUUAUAAAAUGAUCUAUGUGAACUUAUAAAAUAAAGGAAUACUAAUACAAUGA